CAACAGAAACACGAUGAGUCAAACCAUUGGAAUGCUUUGUCUCCUUUCGCUUACUUUAGCGAACUGCCAGGUGGUCCGCUUUGAAACCGAGAUGGAUUCGGAUACCACGAACUACGGACCCGUCUCCAUGGUGGUGGACAAUCUGGCGGAGACGGCCGUAAAUGUCAGCAAGGACAGCAUCGAUCAGUUGGAGGGAAAAAUGAAUCGCACUCGGCAGGAUAUAGCCGGGAAUAUCGAGGUCCUGACCGCCAAUGGGAUGGCCCAGUUAAGUGACGUGAUCUACGAGACCAACCAGUUGAUGGUGGCCAAUCCCGACUGCAAUGUGGCCUGGAGUUUGGAUGAACUCAACGAAAACGUGACCUACCAACUGGGUGACUGCACUGGCGGCUUGGAAAGUCUCUUGCAGGAUUUCCGCCAGGAGGCUCAGGUGGCUUUGUCCAGAGUCCAGGGAUUCGUCCAGCAAAUGGCCCAGUUGCCGGCCAAGUGCCAGACGUUGGUUCCUCUGCCCCUCAACCCUUCGCCUUCAUCUGGCGGCGUUGUCUGCUUCAUCAAUGCCAUGGCGGAAAUCAACCGGGGCAUGGCCCAAUCCAUGCACAUUGCCUCCCAGCUCCUGGUGCAGACCCAUCGGACUGCCGAGGAGCUAGUGGAGCAGGCGCAGGAGUGCAGGGCAGCCGUGGUGCAGCAAAUUGGGGACUUUCUGCGCGAGGAGCAGGACCAGUGCCAACAGUGAACUUGGACCCUUCCUGUAAGCAAUAGUCCUAAGAGAGAAUUCUGGCAAAUACAAAUUUAUGCACCCACAAGAUGACAGAGGCCGAGGACUCGCCACAUCCUGUUCACUUAUUGCUUAUGCAUGACAUUUAUUUGACAAGUUUUUGAUUGAUUUUACAGCUGCUGCAGCCGAUCUGGUGCAGCUAUCUGCAUAUUUGUAGGCACAGUGGAACUUCUCUACGGCGAACUUCUCGAAAAUGACCAUUUUUUGGUUAAUCGAUUUUUAAUAUAUCUUAUCAAUUUUCUUUUAAAAUUAAUUACCAUAACAUUUCUUGGGCAUAUGUAAAAAUAGUUUAUCUGUGACGUUUAUAAAGGAAAAUCAAAGUAGUCAAAUAAAAUUUGUUUCAAUA